AUGUAUUUGUGCAACCUACUACUGUUUACCCCCCCUGUUUUGGGAUUGCUUUUCUCGAUAAUACAGUGCAUAUGUAUAAGCAGAAUAAAUAUAAAUGGUCCUGAAGAUAAGAUAGAUAAACUCGAAGAUGGAUUGACACAAGUGGAUAAAAUGAAAGAAAUAGCAUCGUACAUUGCAGAAGGGGCAAAUGCUUUUUUAACAAAAGAAUACCAAUAUUUAACAGUUUUUAUUAUAGUAUUUUCUGCUUUGUUAGCCUUUUUUGUUAGUCAAUACACAGCAAUAAGUUUUGUGUUAGGUUGUUUAACAUCCAUAUUUUGUGGUUAUAUAGGUAUGAAAAUUGCAGUGUAUGCAAAUGUAAGGACUACAAAUGAAACAUGGAAAAGUUUAGAUAAAGGAUUUAAAGUUACUCUAAAUGCUGGCACAGUUAUGGGUUUUUCCUUAGUAUCAUGUAGUAUUAUAUCAUUAGGAUUAUUAAUAUAUGUUUAUAAGACUUUCUUUUUUAAAAAUAUUACAGUGGAAUCUAAUUUAUAUAAAGUAAUUGCCGGAUUUGGUCUUGGAGGUUCAUCAAUAGCAUUAUUUUCAAGAGUAGGUGGAGGCAUAUAUACCAAAGCAGCAGAUGUAGGUGCAGAUUUGUCAGGUAAAAAUGAAUAUGGAAUUCCAGAAGAUGAUAUAAGAAAUCCAGCAUGUAUAGCAGAUAAUGUCGGAGAUAAUGUUGGAGAUAUGGCAGGAAUGGGUGCAGAUUUAUUUGGAUCGCUAUCGGAAAGUUUAUGUGCAGCAUUAGUUAUCGGUUCAUCUGUGUUAAGUUUAAAAGAAGGAACUGACGCAAAUAUAAAUCAUUGUAUCAUGUAUCCCUUGGUAUUUUCAAGUGUUAGUAUUGUUGUUAGUAUGUUAACAUUUUUUAUAGUUACACGUUCGGUUAAAGUGGUAGAAAAAAAAGAUGUGGAAAGAACUUUAAAAUAUUUAUUAUUUGUAUCUACAAUAUUACAAUCAUUAGCCAUAGUUGCAAUUGGAUAUUUCGCCCUACCCGUUUCUGUUAAAUAUAAUUUAUUAAAGGAAAUUCAAAGAUGGAAAAUUAUUGUUCCAGCAUUAGUUGGUUUGUGGUCAGGAUUAAUAAUUGGAUUUACAACUGAAUUUUAUACAUCUUAUUCCUUUAGUCCUGUUCAAGAAAUAGCUAACACACAGAAAAUUUCAGCAGCUACAGGUAUUAUAUAUGGUUUAUCAUUAGGAUAUAAAAGUACCUUUAUUCCUAUAAUUUGUUUAAGUGCUACGCUUGGUAUUUCUUAUGGCUUAUGUGAUAUAUAUGGCAUAGCCUUAGCAGCUGUAGGUAUGUUAAGUACGCUAUGUAUUUGUUUAACAAUAGAUGCUUAUGGGCCUAUAUCAGAUAAUGCUGGAGGUAUUGCUGAGAUGGCUGGACUUCCAUCAGAAGUUAGAGCUAGAACAGACAUCCUUGAUGCAGCAGGAAAUACAACAGCAGCAAUUGGUAAAGGUUUUGCUAUUGGAUCUGCUGCUUUGGUUGCUUUUGCAUUAUUUGGAGCAUAUGCAAGUAGUGCCAACCUACGUCAUGUUAAUAUAUUAAAUCCAUGGGUCAUUAUUGGAUUACUUGUAGGAGCUAUGUUACCAUAUUUAUUUUCUGCCUUAACGAUGAAAUCUGUUGCUAUAGCUGCUAACAGUGUUUUGAAUGAAUGUUUAGAACAAUUUCCUUUAAUUCUAGCUGAUAAACAAAAACCAAAUUAUGAGAAAUGUAUUAAAAUAUCAACUGAUGCUUCUUUGAGACAAAUGAUUGUUCCAGGAUUGAUUUCUGUUUUUUCACCACUAGUCAUUGGUGCAUUAAUGGGAAAAUAUGCAACUGCUGGAUUGCUAGUAGGUAUUAUCUUAUCUGGUAUUCAGCUAGCUUUUUCAUCAACCAAUUCUGGUGGUGCUUGGGAUAAUGCAAAGAAAUAUAUCGAGUCAGGUGCUUUAGGAACAGAACAUUGCAAAGGAUCGAGUGCACACAAAAAUUCAGUUAUUGGAGAUACCGUUGGAGAUCCAUUAAAGGACACCUCAGGACCAUCACUAAACAUUUUAAUUAAAUUAUCUGCUAUUACUUCUCUUGUUUUCGCUUGGGUAAUUGCUAAUAAUUUCACAUCCAGAAGGGGAGGACCCAUAUGGCUAUAA